AAUCAGAGCAUCAUUCAAAUGCGCCCUUGACAUUCAUGUUCAAAAUAUUGUUUCAUGCCCUUCGCAAAAAAAAAAAAUAUUGUUUCAUGCCUUCAUGUAAGAGUACCUUUCUAACCUGAUGCAUUUGUUCUGCAAUUAUCCAAGAACAUCUAUGAUGAACAAUGCAUUCGCCACAAAAUCUGUUGAAUCCUUGACUCGGGAAAUACAUAUUUGCCAACUGGACAUUAGUAAAAUCGCCAACCGUUAUGCGGCGAACCUUCAACUAUGUUCCUCUAACAUACACAGACAUGCUACAUCUUACCUUGUCAGAAUUAUCCACGCCAACAUGAUCACCUCUGGAUUCAAGCCCCGGGGUCACAUCCUGAACCGCCUGAUCGAUGUGUAUGGUAAGUCCUCAAACCUCACUUACGCAAGACAACUGUUCGAUAAAAUUCCACAACCAGAUGUCAUUGCAAGAACGACCAUGAUUGCUGCCUAUUCUGCAUCCGGUGAUCCUGCGCUUGCUUCAGACAUUUUCCAUAAAGCCCCUCUAAUCAUGCGUGACACUGUUAUAUAUAAUUCUAUGAUCACAUGCUACUCACAUCACAAUGACGGCCAUGCUGCCAUAAAACUGUUUAAUGACAUGAAACGAAAGAACUUUUUGCCUGACCAGUACACAUACACAAGUAUGCUUGCCGCUUCGGCACAUAUAGCUGAUUGUGAAUUGCAUUGCCACCAGUUACAUUGUGCUGUUAUCAAGUCUGGGACUGGAAAAGUUACAUCUGUGGUGAAUGCACUUAUGUCACUGUAUGUGAGAUGCGCAUCUUCUCCAUUUGCAUCUUCGUUGCUGUUAAUGGACUCAGCUAAGAAGCUAUUUGAUGAGCUUCCCAAGAGGGAUGAUUUGUCUUGGACUACUAUCAUUGUGGGUCUUAUAAGGAAUGAUAAUGUUGAUGCUGCACGGAAAGUGUUUGAUGGGAUGGUUGAGAAGAUACUCGUGGCAUGGAAUGCAAUGAUUUCUGGGUAUGUUCAUAAGGGUUUUCUCUCUGAAGCAUUAGAACUUUAUAGACAAAUGUACUUGCUAGGAAUUCAACAGGAUGAAUUUACAUAUUCUAAUGUUCUCAGUGCAUGUGCUGAUGCUAGAUUAUUUCUCCAUGGAAAGCAGGUACAUGCUUACUUCAUAAAGAUGGAAACAGAAGCUAAAGAUCAUUUCCAAGUGUCAGUAAACAAUUCUUUGAUUACAUUAUAUUGGAAAUGCAGUAGAGUUGAUGGUGCUAGGAAAAUAUUUGAUUCAAUGAUCACAAAAGACCUGAUCUCAUGGAACACAAUUUUGUCCGCCUACGUGAGUGCAGGGUUAGUUAACGAAGCUAAGCUGUUUUUUUCCGAGAUGCCAGAGAAGAACUCCUUAACAUGGACAGUGAUGAUAUCUGGAUGUUCACAAAAUGGGCUUGGGGAAGAAGGUUUGAAGCUAUUUAAUCAAAUGAAACUAAAUGGGUUUGACCCAUGCGACUAUGCUUUUGCAGGAGCCAUUACAUCUUGUGCAGUUCUUGCUGCAUUAGAAACAGGACGCCAGGUCCAUGCUCAGAUUAUUCGUCGCGGAUUUGAUUCAAGCCUCUCUGCUGGAAAUGCACUCGUUACGUUCUAUGGACGGUGUGGAGCCAUUGAGGCUGCACUGUCUCUGUUUCAUAGGAUGCCAUGCGUUGAUUCAGUAUCUUGGAAUGCUAUAAUUGCAGCCUUGGGGCAGCAUGGUCACGGUGCUCUUGCAAUAGAACUUUUUGAAGAGAUGUUGGAAGAGAAUAUAACUCCUGACCGUAUAAGCUUUCUAACAGUUUUAUCUGCUUGUAGCCACGCAGGGUUAGUUAAAGAAGGACAACAUUAUUUUAAUUUAAUGCAUACCAAGUAUGGCAUUAGCCCAGGAGAAGAUCACUAUGCUCGCUUUAUUGAUUUGUUGGCUCGAGCCGGAAGGUUCUCAGAAGCAACAAAUGUAAUCCAGAGUAUGCCUUAUAAACCUAGGGCACCUAUUUGGGAAGCUCUUCUUUCUGGUUGCCGACUUCAUGGAAAUAUUGAGCUGGCAGUGCAAGCUGCAGAUCAACUAUUCGGCUUGGUUCCACAACAUGAUGGAACCUACAUACUUAUGGCUAACACGUUUGCUUCUGCAAACAGAUGGAACGAUGCUGCCAAUGUGAGAAAACUAAUGAGGGAACGAGGGGUCAAGAAGGAGCCUGCCUGUAGUUGGAUUGAAGUUGAAAACAAGGUCCAUGUAUUUUUGGUGGAUGAUACUAAGCAUCCUGAGAUUCAGGCAGUUUACAUGUACUUGAAGGAAUUAACAAUAAAGAUGAGGAAAGCAGGAUAUAUUCCUGAUACGAAGUAUGUGCUGCAUGAUAUGGAGAUUGAACAAAAGGAGCAUGCCCUGUCAACUCAUAGUGAAAAACUUGCAGUUAUAUUUGGUCUUUUGAAGCUACCUCGUGGUGCCACAAUUAGGGUAUUCAAGAACCUUCGUAUAUGUGGGGACUGCCACAAUGCGUUCAAAUUAAUUUCAAACUUGGAGGCAAGAGAGAUUAUAGUGAGAGAUGGAAAGAGGUUUCAUCAUUUCAGAGAUGGUGAAUGUUCAUGUGGUAAUUACUGGUGAUCAGACUGGAAGUUCACCUGGACCAGCCAAGGAGAAGAAAUUUGGUCGAAUGAUAUCAUCAACUGCUCAUUUGCAUCACUUUGAAUUUCUAGGAUUGAAAUUUAUUAGAAGACGUCAACAAUUCAAAAGACGGAUUAUGCCCUCAUAGUAAUAGAGGAUUUCCCGUUUUGACUAAAAUACAUGUCUCGGAUAGAAUUUAGAACCGACAAUGAGCCCUUCAAGAAGUGAAGAAGGAAGGGUCAUUGUUCAUAAAACUCUAUUAAGAUAUCUUUCAAACAUUGGUAAGUUUCACUUCCAUUGCACUAUUUGUAAAACUUGAGUGAAGUCUUACUCUUGAUUAUUUGAUUGAAGAUAGACUAUUGAUGAUUAACUCAGUUUCUUUGCUUUGUUAAAAAUUGUGUUGGUAUGGUCUUUAUCUUAUGAUCUAUUUAUAGAUCAUCAUCUAAGUUUCAUUCCUAUAGUAGAUUUGCUGCAACGUUUUCUUCCAGCAUUCACAUAUUAACUUGGUAUCUUCACGUUGACCAGGAAGCAUUUGCUUAGAAAUUUGAUAUGAGGAAUGGUUUUUUCAUGUUGUUGAUCACAUACUGGUGAUUGCUUAUGUACAUCCUUUAUCUGUGGCAGGGGAUUGCAUUGCUUAGGUAAUUAGUAGUUAAGAUGUAGUAAUAAUCCAUAGUGUGCUAUCCCAAUCAACUUACUCUCAUGUGCUUAUUUCUGCGGCAAAGAACUAUCUUGUGUGCUCCAUUCCUCACACGCAAUAGUAGCUUGCCCCACAUUCUUACGUAUCCCUCCUACAGUAGAAGCAUUUUCUUCCAACGCCUAUAUAAAAGGUGAUUAUGAGAUAAAUUGGUCUUACACUCUUAGAGUCUUGAUGUGUAUGAGUGUGUGUGCCAUUCUGUGCUAAUUUAUGAGUUAUAGGCUUAUAGCUCAGUUAGCUUUUCCUUUGAGCUCUUGAUUAUUUGACUGAUGAGAAAACAGUAACUUGGUACUCUUUAUUAAGAUAAAAUCUAAUAUAUUACGUAGUACUAUUUAACCCUGAAGAGGAAUGAGAGAACAGAAUAUCACAUUUCCUUAAUUUUAUAUACUUAAUUUGGAUUUUAUAUUUUUCAUUAAUUCACAGUUUAUUGUUCUAUUUUUUAGAAUAUACUCCCCGUCCUCUUUUAAAUGUCCCGGAAGAGGGUGACACGAAUUUUAAGAAAAGUGGGUUUGUGUGGUUGAUAUUAAUUGAUAAAGUAAGAAUAAAGUCGGAAUGAUUUUGAACCACACAAGCUUUACCAAAUAAGGUAUGAGACAAUUAAAUGGGGACAUUCCAAUAUGGUAAAACGGGACAUUUAAAAGGGGACGGAGGGAGUAGUUAUGAAUACAAUUUUUAAUUGUAAUGCGAGAUUGUAAUAUCUAAACAUACUUUGUAUCAUUGCAUAGCACGGAUGUGGCUUUGUCUUAUUCCAACUAUUCUUUAGUACACCUUGAUAUUUAUAAUCAUUAUUACUAUUAUAAUAAUGAUCUAAAAAGAGAUGGUGUAAGAAAUGUAUCCAAACAAAUUUUCAAAACCAAAAGUUUAUUCAUGUCAGACAAGUAAAAGAAUAUGUAAAAACAUCAAACUAUUAAAGAAAAUAGUUGUAGUGCAAUUCACAAAGGUGAAUUUGGGGCAUUUAUUAUUACAUUGGGAGGUUCUAACAUCAUUAUUUUUCUCAUCAAAGAAAUAUUUCAUGUAAGUAUAUGAAAGAACUAAGAAAGAAAAUAACUAAUUACCCAAUGUGGUAAAUAUUAGAUAUGAUAAUGUCACAUGACAAUUUUUUAAUUUUCAAAAGUGAUGAGAUUAUCUAAAACUUUAAUUUUAAAGUUUAUGUAGUUUUUAUAAAAUUGUAUCUAAAUUAUUGGAAAUAUACUCAACUCCCAUGCUCCGGUCAUCGGGUGCAACGCAUGGGCAGUGUAACCAGUAUACAUUAUGAGAACUGGAUAUUUGGACAGAUAAAUAUUGAUGCCAAACUAAUUGAGGGCCUAAGAAGAUAUUUUGGAAGCCAGACCUCUCUUCCGUUAUUCACUAUCCAUUUGAACCUGACUUUCCUCAUUCAGCUCUGUCUACAUACACCAGUGUAGUCUUGAUUGGGAAGAUUAACGUGCCCACCAGCCCUGAUAGGGCUUGCUUUUCUACAACGAAGUAUGUUUGGAAAUGCCUUUCACCAGGAAACAGUGACUUACUGACUUGGCUUUAUUCAAUUAGCAGUGUCUUAAUUUUACUUCAAAGCCUCUGAUUAAACAUUCUUUAGGGACACAGCAUUUCCUUGGUGAAAAUAUUGUUAAGCUUUCAUCUGUUUUUUUACGGUCAGUUCAGAAAUGCAUUUUCUAGCGAACACUUAUUUUCCCAUGCAUUUUAAAUAAAGGACAUUCUAUACUGACCCUUCUUAUUUUUUUCAUCUGAUUAUUUAAGGAAACAUUUGGAUGAACAAAGACUAUAUUGAGCUGAAGGGUCCCUCCAGGCAAGCCUUCCCUUUUCAUUUUUUGACAUGGCCGCUCCCAAGACUUUAACCAGUGCACCACCAAGGCUCUCCUUCUGUUUUCUACUCAGCAUGAAAACUUAAUCUCGAAAGCCAUUAAGGGAGUGUUUUCGAUUGCUUGUGCUUUUUAAAAGUGAUUUUUUUAAGAGAUUAUUGGAAAAGUGAUUUAUAGUAAAAGUAGGUAGUGUUUGGGAAUAGAAGUGAUUUUAAUUAAAAUGUAAAAGUUGAAGUGUUUGGUAAAAAAGUGAUUUUUGAUGUAAUGUAUGGUUAAAAUACAAAAAUAUGCCCAACUUGUAUAGUGCAUCCACUGCUGUCUCCUUUUAUCUCUUUUCCCCAUUUCCAAUGAGCUAGAGUGCCGUUGGGAGAUUCUUCCAGUGAGUGCCAUAGGGGUCAAUGAUAUGUACAUCUUCUUGGUAUCCUGGAAUCUGGAUUGCUAAUCUGUUUUUUCUAGGUAUGUGGAGUUUUAAGAAUAAAUAGUGAAUGGAUUUGAUUUAAUAUAUAUACACAUACAACAUUGGUAAAAGGAAUUUGGGCACAACAGAGAGGUAACAACGGCGGCGAAGCAGACCGGCGGCGACGAAACAGACCGACGGCGGCGAAGCUAAUCUGCUGCGGGAGUGGCGAUGGAGAAUUUCUAUUUGGCGGACGAAGCAAAUCAGCUAUGGUGCUGGACUGCUGGUGAAGAAGAGUGGUGGAUUGGUGGUGGGGAAGAUGGCCGGCGGCAAUUUCUGGUUGAUGGAGGGAGGUGGGUGUCGCGUGAAGCUUGUUGGGACGAUGGAAGAUGGUCUAUGGAAGAUGGUCUGUACGAUGCUUGUUGGUAUAAGGGUACUUUUGGAUUAAUUUAUAUAUUUUGAAAUAAAAACAUCCCAAAAGUUGAAGUUAUUUACAGAAAUACCAAGAAGCAGAAAAAAGCAUCCCCUGACCUGCUUUUGGCUUUUGGCUUAAAAGUGAUUAAAUUAAGCUGAAUUUUUCUUUUGCAAACACUACAUUUAGCUUUUAACCUCCAAAAAAGCUGAAAGUGCUUUUAUUAAGCAUUAGCAAACACACCUUAACUCAUAAAGUAUUGAAGUCGGCUGGGAAAGGCUAGAACAGUACUUUGGCGCUUGCUCCUGCGUGAGACUGUCAAGUGCCAAUAGGCAUAACCCAAUGCUCAAGGACUGCGAAAUACAAUGCUUUAUAUAUGAUGUUUUCAGGCCGGCUAGGCAGGUGAGCUCUAUAAUUGGUUUAAGAUUUGUUUCAAUUCAUUUUGCGUUCGUUAGGUAGCAGUGUAGUACUGCAGAAUAUCUGUUUUUGAUAGACAAGUUUACAAUGCCUAAGUUUUACCUAAAUGUCAGUAUUCUGAAAUUUCAAGCAUGAAUUAUUUAGCACUUCCCUUGGUUUCACAAAGCUUUAACUGCUCAAGCUGUCAGAUGUGUUCUUGAAUACACAAUUUUCAUCGUGCCGCCUCUUUGCAGAAGUUGUAGACGAACAGAAAGGGAAGUGAGUAAUUGAUAGAGACAAGGAGCAGCAGCCCGAUAAAUUCUUUAGAAAGGUCUAUCAAAGGAGGAAGUAUAAAACAGUUAGUUAGUUAGACUUGCUGUUAUGUGGGUCCAGUUAUGUCCCUGCGUGGACUAUGAGUAUAAAUAGAAAUAAUCAGCCAGGGAUAGGUAGGCUGUUUGUUAAUUGGGACUGGUCUGGGAGUUUUGGCAGCUCGAAAUUGUCUAUUGCUUGUAUUCCUUCUUUGAAUUCAUUUCUUGUUCAAUAAGACAGA